CCUAACCUUAACCACUCGAGGUGAAAUGCCUAACCCCAACCAAUAAGGCUGUUUCGUAGGGCGGGUCUUGGCGUGCUUUCCAUACCUGACUGUAGAUCCCUGGGUCGCAUGACUCGCGUCUGCCUCCGGUCAGUUGUCACCAGCUAAAGGUUAGCGGUGUCCCGGCUGUGAUGGACCGCUGGAAGGGCAGAGUGGCUUUGGUGACCGGAGCCUCGGUCGGGAUAGGGGCGGCCAUAGCUAAGGAGCUGGUCCGGUACGGUAUGAAGGUAGUGGGCUGUGCCAGGGACGUCGAAAAAAUACAGAAAUUGGCAGAUGAGUGUCAAAGUACAGGCCACAGUGGUGUGUUGGUACCUUUCAAGUGUGACUUGAACAACGAGGAAGAGAUUCUGUCCAUGUUCGCUGCCAUCAAAGCGCAGCACAAAGGGGUGGAUGUGUGCAUCAACAACGCUGGCUUGGCUCAUCCAGAGUCACUGUUAAAUGGCAACACCAGUGGCUGGAAGAACAUGCUGGAUAUAAACGUUCUUGCAUUGUGUAUAUGCACACGUGAAGCAUAUCAGUCAAUGAAAGAAAGAAGUGUUGACGAUGGGCACAUCAUAAACAUAAACAGGGUGACGUUCAGGAUGUGCGCGUUGCAGUUCAGCCUGGUGUAUCCACGCAGGGCAGCGACUAUGUUGGCUCCACGCAUGAGUGGACAUCGUGUAGUACCCAGUACUGAUGUACAUUUCUACAGCUCCACCAAGUACGCUGUAACGGCCCUGACCGAGGGUCUGAGACAGGAGCUGCGAGAGGCCAAAACCCACAUCAGAGCCACAUGUAUUUCCCCUGGUGUAGUAGAGACAGAAUUUGCUCCUCGGCUCUACAGAGACAAUGCUGAUAAAGCUGCUGCUUCAUACUCUAAAUUUAAGCCUUUGGAAGCAAUAGAUGUUGCUAAUUCGGUUACUUACGUCCUAAGUGCCCCUCCCCAUGUCCAGAUUGGGGACGUUCAGAUGCGACCUGUGGAGCAGGUGUUGUAGUUCUGCACCAUACAGACACAUUCUUCCUUCAACUGGUUUACUACAAUGACUUUAUCUGAUCAUGGAAUAACUUUGGUAUUUUGUACUAUAACUUUGCACUUAAAUAAUUAAAAGUCGAUUUUGAAGAUA